UCCUCAGCCGUCGGACCAGGGAGGAGGAGGAGGAGGAGGGACGCGGAUUGAAAUGAUGAGAGGACCGAGCGGGUUCCCUGGCCGGAGAGAGCUGUCACACAUCUGAACAAGGGGAGACGCUCCGUGCGCCUCGCUCCGUGCGUUACGCGUAGCGCCCAAGGACGUACGAGGAAAAGCAAACACAGGCGAGACUGGUGGUUGUGGGGACGAGGUGCAGGGCUCGGGUGGCAUUACUCCCCUCGCCAGGGAUGGGCUGCUGCCGAACCCCCGAUGAGAUAUGAGCUGGGGAUACGUUCUGCGUAUCAUGUGUUGACUACAGAACGGGGAUUGUCCGCGGACAAACUGCAGCAGCACGUCCGAAACAAAGGCCUCGGCUGACGGAGCUCUGCGCGCUGUGAUCCGGCCAGAACACGCUCCCCGACCGGCGGAGGGGGGGUGGAGGUGUCCAGGCGCCGGGGGGAGGGGAGGAGACCCACUCAUCUUAAUGUUGACACCGAGUUUGUCCACAGAGAAAGCUAGUGUUGCGAAAUCCCCCGAAUCCCCCUCUGCUGCCGCGGAGCAUGGCUCAGUGUGCCGACCUCCGAGCGGCAGUGAAAGCGUCUGUUCCAGCCCGUCAGCCCUUCUUCUUCUUCUUCUUCUUCUUCUUCCUCCUCGUCCUCUCCUCGACAGGACGCUUUAUUCGCAGUUGAAGGGAUUUAUGGGAUCGCAAGUUUCCUCUGAUGAGAUGAGUGUGCGUGCUGGCCAGGGCAGCGAUGAGGUGCUGGUUUCGCAGGCGGUGUGGGAUUACCUGGCCGCAGCCGGGCGGCCCUGGCUCAUUGACUUCCAGCACAAGCAGGGGAUGAGCGCUGGUAUCAUCAGGCGAGGAGAGAGGGGGGGCUGCUGUGCCGUGAGGCUACAGCCCGUGGAGGGCUUCAGGACCGCUGGAGCCGGGGUGAUGGAUGGACCCAUCUCCAGUGAGACUCGGAAAGCCUUCAUUGACUUAUGCCGCUGUGCCCGCAAAGAAAUGAGCAAGCAGGAGGGGGGACACAAGAGGAAGAGGGUUCUGCUGCCCUGUGUGGGAGUUCUGGAGCCCAACGGUGAGGGGAGCCUGCUCCAGCCUCCGCUUCCCCAACCUCGGCGCUCCCAGAGACAGCAGCAGAGGUUCAGGAAGCCUGCUGAUGAGGAGGCCUGUGCCAUGCUUCACGAGGUGGCCCAGAGAAAAGACAUGGACUCUGGCCUGGCCUCCCACAGCGAGGUAGAGGACAACAACACUUGUUCAAUCUGCAUGGGGGACAUUGUGGAGAAGACCGCCCUGGAGAAGUGUGGCCAUUCAUUCUGUCGCUCUUGCCUGGAUCAGGCCUUUAAGGUGAAGAAAGCUUGUCCUGUGUGUCGGCUGGUGUAUGGCCAGUUGAUCGGAAACCAGCCUGCCAAUGGUUCAAUGAUCGUAGAGAGGGAUCCCGAUCUGGAGAUUCCUGGCCAUGAAGGCUUCGGGUGUGUCUGCAUCAUCUACAGCUUCCCUCCGGGCCUACAGGCGCCGGAACACCCAAACCCAGGUGUUCGGUACCCGGGAACCGACCGCGUGGCCUACCUCCCUGACAGCCCCGAGGGGAACCGUGUGCUGGGCCUGCUGCGCCGGGCCUUUGAGCAGCGCCUUAUCUUCACCAUCGGUACCUCCAUGACUACGGGCAUGCAAAAUGUCAUCACCUGGAAUGACAUUCACCACAAGACCUCAAUAUGGGGUGGGCCCCGCUGUUUUGGCUACCCAGACCCCACCUACCUGGUGCGAGUGACUGAGGAGCUCAGAGAAAAAGGCAUCACAGCGGACUGACGGCAUGAAAAACGGCAGACUCUUCCAGGACUUUGUACAACUUUUUGAGUGUCCUUGUCCUCGGUGGACGUGACUCGGCUCCAGGUUGUGCUCUGGGGCUGCCCGUCCCUUGAAGGAUGGCCGAAGAAAAGGCCCCUCAGCAGACGAGCGUCUAAUGCUGCAGCAGAGCCCACAACACUCCGCUAGCUGUUCCUUUGUUUGGUCACUUUCCUCUGAGUUAGGCUUAACCCUGUGCUACAUGUGGAAGACAAUACUUUGAGUGCCGUGCAUUCUUGUAUUACACAAUCCUCUACCUGUCACAUCUGGCAAUAGGACUGAUAUCUGAUGCACUUAUUUAAUUUGUGAGGAGUUGAAAAUCACGGUACUUAUAUAUGAUUUAGGAAAUCUAAGUUUAAUGUUAUCAGGACAGUUUAUGUUAGGUUAAUCUUUAUUUCUGCUCUGGGGAUUACUUUAUUUCUCACAAGCACACAUUCUUGGUUUUAUCUCCCCAGAAAUGUCUAUUGAGUAAGUCUCCUAAUUUUAUUGUUACUAAUUACUUGUUGUAAGGAUUAUUCGGCAGAUAGAAGUGCUUGAAUAGAAAGAUUUCAUUUUCUGAAGUUAUUGCAAUCUAAAGCACUCAAGAGGCACUUUGGUACGACAGUCUGUUUUCCAGGAGGAGUAGGAGUCAUGUGUUUUUCUUCCACUGCGUGGAAGAGUGCUCGGAGCAAACAGGUUAAUGCAGCCAUCAGCUACUCGCUUGGUGACUACACUUUGAUGUCAAUUGCUUGGAACUCUUCAUUUGCGCGUGAUCUCCAUUUGUCCUCUUCAUUAUUACUUAAGUAGGAAGAAUGUUAAACACUGUCUUGUUGCAGCACCUUUCAUUACAUGUAUUAGGACUGCCAUCUGGGUUUUCUCCCCCUUGGUUACUUCUGUUCACUCAAGACAUCUCCCAGGUGUUGAGCCCAUUACCUCAGUUGUUAGUAAUGUGCUCAUCUAAUUACCAGAUUUAAGACGAUGUCAAAUGUAAAGGGCAUAUAGACCACUUAAACCAAAUCAAAGGCACAAAAGCUCUUUAAAAAUCUAUGCCUCUGUCCCUGUCCAACUGGGAGAUUUGCCUGCUAAUGUUCUCAUUUAAAAUGAGGUAACUGUUGUUAAUUUGUUGAUCUGAAUAGAUAGCCUACAAUAUGUAGUGAAACAAACAAAAAUAAAAUGUUGCAGGAACAAUUGAUCUGAUUCUGGGUGGGUGGGAUACUGAUUUUGUUGUGCCUUUCCUAUAUCCACUUUUAAUAAAACCCAAGCAUGAUGUUGCUAAUGAAUGGUAAGCGGUUUGGGCACAUGUUGGUGUUAUUUGAUAGGUAAGCGGCAUUAUGUUUGUAGCUGUACUAUUUGGCUUUAAGUACAAAUACAACACAGUUCAUGAAAAUAUAUAUACUAAUGUGUAUUGAAUUAGCUUCUCCUUCAUAAACAUUCUUAUAGUCCAAAUGCUGAACAAAACCCUCAGACAGAUAAAGUUGUAUGUGUGCUUUGUUAUGCACAGUAACCUGCUUGGCUAGUCGUACAUUUGUCAUCAAUUUGACUGGUCAGAUCCAUGAAUCAAAUACCCUUUUACUAUGUUUUCAUCCCCUUUGUAUUUUAGUUAAGGGACCAACUGAAACAUUUUUGGGACACAGGAUUGUAGUUAAACAAAGCUACUGUGCAAACAUUUCUAUGCAUAACUUGACUGAGGAGGAGAAUGGAUGGUGAAGCGAUUACACACAUUACAAGUUGAUUGUUGGAGAAAAGUCUGGAGUUUUUUGCUUUUCUAAUUGUGUUGAUUCGUACUUUGUUGAUAUUCAGAAAAAUGUGCUUUACAUUUUAAUACUUGAAUAAAAAGUUAUGUUUG